UCUCGUUCCUUAUCUAUCAACCAGACUGUCAUUAUCGAACUUAUACAGAGCCGGAAACCCUUACCAGAGUAUUCCGCAUAUCCCUGCUCGCCCAAGUCACACGACACUUAUAGUUAUGAGUUCCUCUUCGUCUCGGCGGCGCAUGGCGUCAAGCGUCGCCAACGUCAUGUUCACGAAUGCCGUCUACUUUCCCAAUUACAAGAUCUACAGUGGUGCAUCACCGGGUAUGAUGAAUUACAGUUGCAUCAGCCACGUUUUUUAUGCUUUCGCAAGCGUUGCCGCAGACGGAUCCGUUUUUCUAAGCGACGAGUGGGCAGAUGCGCAAGCGCCAUGUGAUGGAGUACGCGGUGGACUCGGGUCUCUAAUGCACCUCAAACAAGCCCAUCCCCAUCUCCAAGUCAUCUUAUCAGUUGGCGGUGGCAAUUCUACCGAGGUGUUCCCUGUGGUCGCUGCCAACCCGGUUCUGCGAGAUAACUUUGGCCGGUCUGCCAGAGGGCUAGUUGAAGCAUCGGGCUUCGACGGCAUUGACAUCUGCUGGGAAUAUCCUUCAGAUGCACAACAGGGCGCGGACUUGAUUGCGCUGUUCGACGCAACCAGGAUGCAUCUCCCGGCCGACGAAUACUUCCUCACUGCAGCUCUGCCGGCAGCGCCAGGGAUUUUGCAGUGUAUCGACUUCCACACAGCGGCCCACUAUCUCGACAUGAUCAAUCUAAUGGCAUACGAUUUCUAUGGGGCCUGGACGCACCGAAGCGGCCACCAGUCGCAGUUGUAUGCAGUGAACAAGGACGAAACAUCAGGUGCUUCUGCAGUUUCUUUGCUGGUCGGAGCGGGCUUUCCCGCAAAGAGAAUUAACCUCGGUAUCCCCUUGUACGGACGUAGUUUCCUUGGGGUCUCUGGGCCUGGUCACAGAUUCAAGGGCGUCGGCGGCGAGGAGGGGAUAUUUGACUACAACCAACUACCGCGAAAGGGUGCGAAGGAGCAGGUGGACAAGAGGACAGGAGCCGCCAUGUGUGUUGGCGGAGAUGGAGGCUUCGUGAGUUACGACAACCCAGACACGGUGAAAAUGAAGGCGAGUUAUUGCAAACAGAAGAAACUAGGCGGACUCUUUUACUGGAGCGGACCCUCUGACGCGCGAGAAACAUCCCGGAGCCUUAUCGCAACAGGGUUCAAGACGCUGCAUUCCUCAUAGGGGAUCAUGGUUUGGCAUACUGGCUCGGGUGGUCCAGGUCUUUUGGAUUUAAUUGCAGUUUCAGCGCGACCAAUUCAGGCGUACAAAAUAGGAUCAAGGUGUUUCCUUCAAAAUGGGUACCAGAACGAAUGAAAGACGAUACACUUUGGCAGAUAUUACAGAGCGGCUCGCUUGGCGGGACAAGGCAUUGCAUUUUCGCAUCGAGUCAGA